GAGUCGCCGAGCAUCGCGGAUUCUCUCGCCCGUUGAAAUUCCGCAGGAUUCCGCCCUGUAGGAUUCUUCUUUAAAAUGAGACCAUGGGCCACUCAAGGAAUACUCCCCGGACACUAACGCCUCGUCGGGUGCACUCUUUCUGCGCGUGGAAGGACGUGAAUCGGUGGAAAUAAGGGUUAUGUUCGGCCGCAGUUGGGCAAGGGCUAAAAAUCGGUCUGGAUUUAAAAUGGGAAAUGGACCUCGCAGGUGUUGCAGAAUCAGAGGCCUUGAAACACUGGCCUUUAUCGUCAUUUUAAUCUUCGCACAAUGCUGUUUUUGUCAGAGUGAAAGUGUCCCACAAAGCACAGACGACAGAGGAAAGACAGAUGGUGCAAGACAUAAACCGGAAGAGGUGUUGACACCACCCCGCACACCAAAUCCAGAAAGUCACGAGCUUCGUUCAAGAAGUAACGUGGAGAAUGCCAAGAAGGUUUUAGGAAUCCUUGAAGCUCACUCUAGCACUAAGGCACCAGCACCCAGGCCCAAACCUGCACAAAGGGUAUUUAUUUUUCAAGAUAAUAAACAUGACGGCAAGCAGCAAGGACCAAAGGUAAUUUUUGCCGAGGAUGUCGUUCCGGAUGAGAGAAAACCGAAGGCGGAUAAGUCCCCAGUUGAAGCUCCUGUUGCAGAAGACCUCGUAGAUGAGAAACCAUCGAAGAGGUUGAAAUCAAGUAGUACCAUAUCGGAUGACUCAGUUUCUAAUGAUGAAACACAGCUGAAACCCACACAAGAAACACAGGAGGAGGAGGAGGAGGAGAAACAGAAGAAGGUGGAAAAGGAAGAGGGGAAAGAGGAGAAGACAGGUAAAGAUAAGGAAUCGAGAGUCAAGUUUAUAUCUGAUAUUGAGAAAAUUACUGAAGAAGAAACUAUCAGUCAGAAUGAGUCCCUCAGUCAAGCCCAAGGAGACAAGGAAGCUGGCAGCACUUCUCAAGACAAGGACUCAGGAAAGGAAGACCCGAAGGAGAACAUUUCCGAGAGAAAAGACAACGAAGAGAAGAGACCGGAAAAAGUAGUAGAAGAGCCUGAUACUGAGCCAAACAACAAGAGCGAUGAGCCCAAGGACUUGCCAGAGAAAGUGGACCGAUAUGUAAAGUCGGCCAUUUCACAAGACAAGGGCGAGGCUCGGAAAGAGAGGUCGGAGCUUGGAAAAAGCGCUGAGGACAUCGUGGAAAUAGAGGUGCCCGAUGAGGCAUACGUGAGGGAGAAGGCAAACAUACUGACAGCAUUACGUAGGAAAGUUCAUGAUAUAGUGGAGGGUAAAAAUGUUGAUAAAGUGAGUGACAAAAGUGAUGUGAAAGAUGCAGAGAAAGUGGAGGAGGAAGUAGAAGAAGAGGAACAGACACAAAUGACUUCGGAUGAAACGGAAGAUAGCUUGCCGCCCGUCGCGGGAGGCCUGGAGGUGGAGAAGGAGGUCCUGAGCGCCAUCGAGGCCCGCACUAGCUCGGUGGUCAACGUCACCAUCAGCCCCGCGCGGGUCCUCGACGACGGGGUCCACAACGUCCACAGGAAGGUCCUCACGCAGCAUCUGAAGGACGAGGACGACGACGACGACCACGGCAGAAGCAGCGGCGGCGGCGGCGGCGUCGACGGCAAGCUGACACAUUUCUUAGACGCCAAGGAGUUCUUCAACAGCAUCUCGAGCAAGAACUUCACGCGCAUCCACAACGCCCGGGCCAUUCAGCUGGUGGAGGGAGAGGCCAGGGAGAGGGACGCUGGGAAGAGGCAGGGGAAUGGAGGAGGAGGCGGGAAGAAGGAGUUCGAAGGAGGGAAGGAGGAGAAACGGAAAGAAGGAACGAAGCCCAGUGAUGUAAGGAAGAGCCUAGGGAAAGGGAAAGACCAGGAAGAUGUCGAGAGAGGCAAAGAGAAGGAGGAGAAGGAGGAAGGGAAGGGAGGAACCAAAAGUCGCGAAGGAGAUGGACUGAAGGAAAAAGAGAGAGCAAGUGAGGACCAAGGCAAGGAAUCGGUAGAGCAACAGAGCGAAGAUGCACAGCCAGAAGACGGCGAUGGCAGAGGGACCAACGAAACAAGUAGCAAAAAGGAAGAAGAAGAAGAAGUGAGCGCUGAUGCUGACCAUGGUUACGAGGAAUCGGAAGAAACGGAGGAAAAGAAGAUGAAAAGGGAGGUCAAGAAACCCAUAGAGACCCCGACUCCAGUGCCGGAAGAGCGAGCAGAGAGCGAUAGCAGUGAGGACAAACAAGCAGAAGAGGUUACCGAUACCGAAACGGAGGAAAAGAAGAAAAAAGAUAUCAGCACCGUAGAAGAACCAGAGAAAACGGACCUGGGCGAGGAGGAGAAGAAGAAGAAGAAAAGAAAGGAAGGACAAGAGAAAGAGAAGGAGAAAGGCCCGGAACCAGAGGAACAAAAAGCAGAAGCAGAAACUGAAGCAGGUAAAGUGGAAUCCCAGGACGCCGUGAGCGACAAGAACGACUCUGAAGAGGAACCCAGUGAAGCGACAGAAGAGAAAGAGAAGACGAAGGACCAGGCGGAAGAGGAACAGAAGGAAGAGCAGAAAGAGGAACUCCCCAAAGAGUCUUCGAAGGAAGAGGAAAGCCAAGACAAAGCUGAAGACGCGAAGGAACACGAGGGCGAAGACAAGAAGCAGAAAGAAACAAAAGCUACCAAAGAAAAGGAAAUAGACGAAGAGAAAGGAGAGAGGGCGACGGCCAACAUCACAAAGGCGGAAAAAGAGCCGGGAGAUCCGGAGAAGGCGAAGAAGAAGCAACAGGCAGAAACCGCCAAGAUCAAGAAGACGAAAGAGUUGGCAGAAGAGGGGAAAGCGGACAAGAAAGAAGAGGAGAAAAGUCCCGAUACCUUGGAGACGUACAGCCAGUUUACGCAGAGGGUCAACGCGGAGAAGAAAAAUGACGUAAACACGAACGGCCACAGUGGCAAUGGUCACAAAGGGCCGAAAGUGAAGAGCAAAAACUACGCGUCACCUGACUGUGGCUCGAAACUGAUGUCUGCCAAUCCGGAAGCCACACACGCGUCGAAGGUGAUCCAUUCAAACAGGGAUGAGUACAUGUUGAACAAGUGCAGGGACAAGAUUUGGUUCAUUAUUGAACUCUGCGAGAGCAUCCGACCACAAAAGUUUGACAUUGCCAAUUUUGAACUCUUCAGUAAUUUACCGAAGGAAAUCCAGGUAUCGGGAAGUCACCGCUAUCCGUCGCGUGAUUGGUCUUCUCUGGGGCGGUUCACGGCGCAGGAGGGCAACCGCGGCGUCCAGUCCUUCCACGUGGACACCGAAGACUUUUACAAAUACGUCAAGGUUGAAGUCCUGAGUCAUUAUGGUUCGGAAUUCUUCUGCCCAAUAUCUCUUUUUCGCAUUUAUGGUCUGUCUGAGUUUGAAGUCAUUGAUACAAUAGAAGAUGUUAGUGAGGACAGCGAAGACAGUGAAGAAACUUUCACAGAAGCAGUGGAGGAAGAAAUUUCUGGAAAGAAGCACAAAGAUGAAGGAAAGCCAAGUGUGAUCCCAGCUGUGCUUAAGAACAUGUUUACUGGAGUCUUAGAUGUCAUCAAGAGAGGGUAUAGACCAAGCAGCAUCUCCACAGAACCAGAUGAGAGAUGUUAUUCCCUUCACCCCAAGUUUGCAAUGGAAAGUGGCAUGUGUUCAAUGGCUGGAACCCUGAACUACAUAUUAUCUUGCUACAAAAUGGAGUAUGAAGCCCUCAUGUUACAGCCCUUUGUUUCAUCCACUGUCAAGAAUUCAAGCUUUUGUCGCAGGCUAGCUUCAGUGAUGUGUGCAGAGCCUGAGGUCAAUGAUAGUGUUGUUUAUGAUACUGUUUGUAAUAACAGUUAUGUAUGUGUUAUGCUGUCCCCAAAGCACGUGCUGGCCAUGUGCUUUAUGCAGGAUCCCAGAAUAGUUGAUAGCCAGACAGCUUGUGACCCCAGUGAUACUCAUCUGCCUGAAAAUUUCUCAACAACCUCUUCAGAUAUCAUGACAACCUCAAAGCAAAUUCCAUCAUAUGUCAAAAAUGCAGUGAUCAAUACAUCCAGCAUAACAAGAGCAGAUGCCACAGAUGCAAAUAUCAGUAGGCCCUCCGAAGUUCAAGGGCUGAAGCUCGUUGAAAUAGAGGAUGGUCAGGCGCCAGCGGAGCUAGACUCUGAGAAAUCAGACGAAGGAUCCCAGACCCCUUCCCCUGACAAUGGACCAAGUCAGCCCCAAAAGGUAGCAGCCAAAGAACCCAAGGCCAGUGGAAAUGCAGUUCAGGAGAAGGUGGCAAAGGAGAUGGAAUCUGACUCCUCUGCCGGGGAAACCCUGGAGCCCAUGGAGGUUGAGGGCUCAGGAUUCGGAGAGGUGAACUUGGAGGAGGAAGAGUUUGCCCCUACUGAGGACCUUGCUACAGUGGCCCCUCCUCCUCCUCCUUCCUCUACCCCACCUCCAGUUGAGCCGAAGCAACUUUCAAGCUCACCAACAAACAAGGAGUCCAUUGUAGUUCGAUUAUCUAAUAAGAUUAAGGCCCUGGAGUACAACAUGUCAAUCAGCAGUCAGUACCUUGAGGAAUUGAGCAGAAGAUACAAGCGACAGAUGGAGGAAAUGCAGAAGCAGUUUAAUCUUACUAUUGCUGCCCUGAAUGCCACAUCCCGCCAGGCCUAUGAGCGGGACCAGGAGCACCAGAGGGACAUCAAGAGCUUGGAGGAACAACUUGGGAAUGUGAGCAACAUCCUGGAAAAGCUUGUGGAAGAAAGAGAGACUCUGGCACACACAGUAGUGGAGCAACACUUGCUACUCAUGGUGGUGGAAGUUGUGGUGCUGUGUGUGGUGUUCACUAUUUGCCACAGGAGGAGGAUUGCUGAUAUGAGACAGGAGAGUGGAGCUUUAAAUGAAAGGAGAGCACAAACCCCAAGUGAAGAUCCUGAAAGUCAAAUUGGACAUGAGAGCAGAAGAUGCAAUUUUGAAGAUCAGAUACCCAGUCGAGUGAGAAGACGGUCAGUAGACAGUAUCACCAGGGAGAGAGCAUCUCGGCCACGUCGACGAAGGCCCAGUGAAGAGGCACUCAAUAUAUCAGGUACAUAUCAAGACCUUCUCAUCAUCGAGCCAGCUAUCCCUAUCUUGAUGGAUUCAAUGGUAGACCACAAGAAGAAGAGGAAGUCGACCAGCGGAACGUUGAAGAGGUCAAAGUCCAAUGCCAGCAUAGUGGAAAAUUCCACCUUAUCCUCCAGGAGAGCAAAACGUAUAGAGAAGCUUAACAAGUCAAGUGCAGGAGUACUAUUCUGCGGGGACAAAAGUGAGUCAUGUUCCACUCCCAUCACCCCUCUGUCAUCUCCAGACUCACCAGACAUAUCUGGGAUACCUUAUGAACCAUUCUAUAAUGAACAGGACAGUGUGUUUUAUGAAAUGUUGGAAGAAGGGGACCCUUGCAUUCCGAGGCCUUUUAUCAGUGAGUUAGAGCCAGGGGGGAAGGUACUAGUUGACACAGAGCCAGUAACUUCUAAGAGACAUUCUUUACCUUGUUGCACUAACUGUGAUAGCCAAAAUAAGAAAUCUGGUAAACUCUCUAAGUCAAUAUCUGUAUGCAGUGCAUCAGAAAGUAUGAAGAGUGGGAAGGAGAAGGGCAAAAAGGUUAAAAAGAUCCGAAAGACAAAGGAUAUUAAUGUAGAAAAUAGGUAUUUUAGUUCGCAGGGAUUAGAUCAGACAGACAGGCUUAAUGAUCAUGAUGAAGUUUUUUCCAUGUCUAAUGGAACAUCAUAUGAUUUCCAAGGCCAACAUAAUGAAUUUUAUCCUAAUGGACACAGCAGUGUGCACUUCAGCGAAGAUACAAAAAUAAAUGGUGAGCAUGGUCUUGUUUACAGUUAUACACCAAAUAGUGUAUAUGCAGAUGGCUAUGCAAAUGGCAUCGAUUCUCAUACUCCAUUAUAUGUGGGAAAGAACUUUAUGUACACAGAUCAUGAUCGGUUACUUAUGAGUGAAAGACAAAAGGUCAUUCCAAAAGCCAAGACAAAGGUAAAGCUCCGGUCAGACAACUGGGAAUGGUACUCAUCACAACACCCGGGGGGAAGUAGCAGCGAGACAGUGAGCACAUGCAGUGACUCCAGCAAUAGGAGUCGAAAAUUAAAGAAAGAGGAGGGGCAGGUGCCAGGGGAUGUAUCCAACACAGAGAAGAAAGUGAAGAAGAAGAAGUCAAAGGUGAGAUCACCAGUUUUAACAAAGGAAGACACUAUACCAGAAAGAGAUACAGGAACCUGACCAAUUAAUUGCUGCCAGCGUUGCCAUUGUAUUGUUCUCCUUGGACAAAGAUUACCUUUGUGAGAUGCGCUGUGGGAAUUAAAGGGGAUAUUUCAGCAGGCUACUACUGACUAUUAUUUAUCACACAUAUAUAUAUAUGUUGUAUUUAUUUCUAGGCUUCAUAAUGAGAAGGUAAUUUUCAUAAGUGUUUCACUUCAGUGUUUGCUCAAUGUCUAUGUUAAUUUUUGUAUUUAUUAGGUUAACAUUGUGAGAUUAUGACUAUUUUGUGAACUGAAAGGAAAAUUUGGUUAUAUUUUUACUCUUCUUACGUUGUUACAUUGACUGCUGCCAGAGUAUAUGGCAUUAACUAGCCCAUAUUUACUCUUAAACCAACUGUUUAACAAAAAUAUGAGAUAGAAGUGGUUCACCUAUAAUACGUCUUGUUUUGCCUUUGAAAGAAUGCAGAAGGAACCUAUAUACAGAUACCCACCACAUGGUUGACAGUUCCUGUAAUGUAGCCAUGAGUAUCCUCAGUCAAGGCAGACAAAGAUAUGGGAUAUCUUGUCAGGGACUUUGAUUCAAUACACUUAGGAAUCGGAAUGCAAGUAUUACCCCCUUGCUAGUCAUGUCUUAGGAUUCGUUUACCUAUUGCUGAGAUAAAAAAAGAAGAAAAACAAAACAAAACACCUAGAAGUAUUAGAACUCUCUUCUAAGAAGAAUUGUGCACCAGAUAGUUUCUCUUUCCCUCCCCAAUUUUUUUUUUUUUUUUUUUUCUAACAUUAGAGGUACAAGGUGAAGACGAAGAUGGAGAAUAGAAGUUACAAUAUUUGUAGAUUGUAACUUCAAAGUGUAUUUUGUUUUUGUGUCUGUGAGCAAAGAAAGGUAUGUGAGUUAAUGAUGAACAUUCCUGAUUAUAUCUGUUGUAUUAUUAGAUAAUCAGAUAACUAUUUUAUAUGACUUCUCAGAUGUUUUAAGAUGUUAUUUCAAUGUAAUGUUAUUUACUUGUUGAACUAAAUGACCAUAAUUUUCUUUAUGUCCAUGCACCCACUAUUUCACAAGCACGGAUACACCACACACAAGUAUGCAUAGACAGUUGUAUACAAAAACUUAUAUAUGAACAUACACAUACACAAUGCCCAAUUCCAGUCACAUGCAAUGUUCCUUAUUGGGUUCUGUAAACAGUCAUAAGGAUUGCCAUACAAGGUCUAAAAUAUCACUUUACAAAAGUUUGCAGUUUUAGCAAAAGUUCUCAUGAUAGUAAAUCUGUGGGCUUAGUAUUGUAAUUAGAUAAGACUCUUAAUACGUAGUUAUGGUUUCAUAAUCUGUGAAUAAUCCAGGAUUACAUAUUUAAUUUCUUGCCAAGGGAGGUUGCAUGUGUCAACAUCAAUGUCUUUAUAUACUGUUUCAUGACACUCACAUGUACCCACUCACUCACAAAAACAUACAUUAUCCAUAAGCACAUGCAAUAGUUUAUAGGAGUUCUACUUGGUACAGAGACAGUUAUCAAACAAGUUUACUGAUUUCUGUUAUUUUACCUGUUUUGCAGUCAGUUAUUUGCUUUGAGGAAUUACAUAACGAUGGAGAUCAGUGAGUAUAUUGUGAAGGAGUGAUAUCAAGCAAUUGCUUCAGCUCUUUAAUGCCUACUGACUUACUCUUUGCUUUGUGUUCAGACCUCUCUCUCAUAGGCCAGAAUGGCUUGUUAGCAGUGGUGUUGAGCUUACUCGAACAAGCUACAGUCUCUGGCACAACAAGGCAAGUCAUAGAUUCUGCUGGAUUUAAGAUUGCCCAUUAGAAAUUGCAGAAUGAUUUACUAUUUUUUCUCGUUUCUAGCUAAAAGGAAGAAUUAACUACUAAUUCUAAAUAGAUAUUGUAGAAACUAGUGCAAAGUGUAUUAAGUUUUCUUUUUUCACCUUUUUUGGCAAAUGAUGUUUUUUAAAGUAAUUUUUAAAAUGUAGCCAUGCAUUUAACUUUCCAUAUCAAAUGUUGAAGUAGUAUUGUGGACAUGUAUCUUGUUUACGAUAUAGUGAUAAGCCUAAUUGUUUUAAAGGUUUUGUUGUAACAUUUAAAGAUAAUUAGAUAUUAAAACUGUGAUAAUAAUAUAUAAUAUAUACUGAACCUAGACAACAUGCACAUAGUACUACUUCCUGACACAUGGAAUAUUAUGAUAGUUGUAAUAUAUUUCACGAUCAUUCCACUUUUUUUUCAAAAUCAUAUUUACAAAUACAAGAAGAAUGGUGCAAACGAUGACUAGUGGAAUUUAUGCUCCUAUUUUCUCCUCAGUUUUACCUUUUAAUUUCUAAAGCUUAUUGAGUUGAAGUAAAGCUUAUUCAUUUCUUUUUAGGCUUUUCAGGUAAACGGAAAAAGACAAAUAUUUCUAUCAAUAACAGACAGUGGUAGUAGUAAAUGCAGGUCAUUCAUCCUUUCUAGAAAUUGUAUAUUUCUGGUGGACAUACUGGUGAAAGCCUUGUACUUUUUUUUAAAUUUGGUGUGAAAUCAGAAUAGAACGGUUUGAGAAUGUUUGACUUAGUGGCAUUUGCCUAAGGAACUGACAGCCUAAGGCACUGCUUUGAACAAAUUAUAAAUGGGAACUAUUUAUGUCAUAAGUUUAGUUUUUACUUUGUAUGUUACCUGAGACCACUGGUUAGUUGACUGUUAAAAAAGUUGCAUAGACUCUGAUCUUGGGUUAUGUCCCUUGCGUUAUUUUAUUUAUCGUUUAUUAAAGUUUACUAAUGUAAAAAAAUGUUUUGUUGUAUUGAUAAUUAAUAAGCCUUUUCAUUUCUAAGGGCUUGUAUUCAAAUUUCUUUGUGAAAGGUAUACUAACAGACUAUGUUUCUUUUUUUCCUAUCAGACAUUCUAGAUAUUGUGUUGAUUUUUAGGAUAUGCAAGAUGCUGUUCAUGUUGGUUAAAUUAUAGGACUUUUUAAAUGAAGGAUUGCAAUGACCAGCUUGAAUAUCUUCACAUGAUUAUUGCCUGUGCGUUGUGAGUUGUUUAAUCUUCAGAGCUGACAUAAAAUCCAUCCCCCUUAUAUGAUAAACGAUAUGCUAUUUUUCCCACUAGCCAAAGGGUGCUUCCUCUUGGUUUCUAGUCAGAAGGUAGGUGGGGAGAAUAGCAUACCAUAGGGAGGAAAAAGAAGAAGCUCUUACCGUACCAUGUGUAUCUGAAAACCUUGUGAUUAUUUAUAUACACUGUAUGUUCAUGCAUAGGAGUGCAUGUCAUCUUCUGUGAAAUGAGUUUUUAAAUUCACACAUAUCUUUACACAUAAUUACACACAUACCAGUUUUUGUGCAUGUAGAGGUGUAUGAAUUUGUGUACACUGCAUCUGUACAUCACUCUUACUGUAAAACAAUAUUGGCAAUAUGAGAAACAGAUAUAUCACUGUAGUAUGCCACAGUAAUAUUUUUUUUCAAUUAUUUAUAUUGUACUUACAAGAAACUGUCUACAACACGUGUUUAGGUAGGAUUUAGGUAUUAAAAAUAUCCCAAAAAGUGGUGCAGAGUUCUGUGGACAAGGAAGAGAAAUGAAAGGCUCUUGUGCAGUGACAGUAGAGCAUUUUUGUGGGUAUUGCAAUCCUAGAGGUAACUCAGUAGCCAUGGAUCUUUGAUUUAGGACAUACUCGUUUCUACUGUGUAUUUUUUCUUUUCUUUUCUCAUAAAGCUCUUACAAAUAUUCUGAACUGUAACUGUGAGACACUAUAUAUGUACAGGAUGCUGAAAAUGUAGGUUAGUGUGUUAGUUCACAAAUGUGCUGUAUAUUUUGUAUUUAUUAAUCAGUUAUCAUUCAUUUCUCUCUUCCUUGAUAUCUGUAAUUAGUUUCAAAAAUAUUUGGAAGAAGGCAGACCAAUUGUAAUGUAUAUUGUAACAUAUGGCUCAUAUACCAAAAAAUAAAUACAGUGAGUUUGCCAUUCUUUCCCAGCAAUUCUUAGUAAACUGUUUUUUCCUUUUCUCCUGAUAUCUUCCAAGAAUGAGGAAGAUGUGCUUAGUAAAGAAGCUCAGGGGAAGACAUCAAGUCAUAGGGAAGGGCAAAUGGGAAUUGGAUUGCAAGCUUGAAGUUUUCUACUGAGCUUCUUAUUGUCUGUUAAACAGAUACGAGGCUGAUGAAUAAAAUUUACGUUAUAAA